AUGGUAACCGUUGUUGACAGAGCCGUGCUGCUAUGUCACAACGCUGCUACGUUCGAUGUGCGACGUCACGGAACCACGAGUGACGUCACCGCCGCUUUGCGUAUAAAUACGCUCGACAGAGCAGAAUCAGUACCACACGCGCGAUCAUUAUCAGUUGUGAUGGAGAGUUUUAAUGGAGCUGUUCCGCUGAAGAGGAUGUCGCUGAGAACGGACUACGAGCUACUGGAAGAGCGCUGCCGCAGCCUCGAGCAAGCUGGCGCGCUGAUUGAGGAUGUCCUGAGAGAUAUUGCUGAGCUGACCCGGAGACCAUACCGGUCCGAGGACUGUGGGGGGCAUGAGCGAGAGUUCAGAGAGAUCGAGGAACAGAUCGAGGAGCUACGCCUGAUCUUUAAAAGGCUGAGAAAGGACAGAUAUAGAGAGAUUAGUGAAAUGAAGGCCAGAAUGGAGAGAGUAGAGAUGGAGAUGAGAGACCUGAAGUUCAGGAUGGACAUACAAGAAACUACAUCUGAAAUGCAGUCGGAUGAAGAGAUGGCUGAGAUUUCUGACACUUCUGGAGCUAGUUUUCUGACACCGGGCGGUGUUUUGGUGGGCUCUGUUGUGCUUGGUUGUAUGUUAGCUCCUGUGUUGUGCCUGGGAUUCAGCUCACUCGCAAACAUCUUUUCAUAGAGUGCAAUAAUUGAAGGUUUUCCAAAAAUGUUCCAAUAUAGACAACUGACCUGAAAUAAUUACAUAUUUGUAUUAUUAGUGUAGUUAGACUUUUUGUUUUUGUAAAUUGAAAUUAAGUAGGCAGCGGGGGGUGGGGGAGGGGGUGUGUGGUUGGCAUGGGUGGGUGGUGUAGAAGAGCAGAGGCAGCAGACACGAGUUUAGAAAGGGGUGGUUUUGACCAUUUGGGGUCGUGGUCUCUCCAAGAGCCGGAGAGGCGCUCGCUCCAGGCUGCUGAACCCGGGGCAUAUAGCGUCGGAGAGCGGGUGAGAAGGGUAUAGCUGCAGCCUGGAGCACCUCCAAAGGGGAGGAACAUACCUCCAAACAGGCGGAGCCUACCUCCAAGUAGGAUGGUGCUUGAUGUUAAGCGGUAUGGUGUUUUUCGGGUCGCGGGUCGCUCCAGGCUGCUGAACCCGGGCAUAUAGCGCCGGAGAGCGGGUCGCUCCAGGCUGCUGAACCCGGGCAUAUAGCGUCGGAGAGCGGGUCGCUCCAGGCUGCUGAACCCGGGCAUAUAGCGUCGGAGAGCGUCUCACUUCAGGCUGCUGAACGCGGGGCCAGACAGCGCACAGAGAGCGUGUUGUUUGGAUCUUAGCAUAGCUAAUUAUCUAGCUCUCCUGCUGUCAUUUCUCCGCCCUCUUUUGGCUCUUGGAGGUACACUGUAAACCCGAUUUUUAUUUUAUUAAAAUAUUUGAGUAGUAUUUUUUUUUUGAAAGAAUAUAUUACCAUUACUAAAUCUAAUUAGUUAUUUGCAAAGCUGAGCUAAAAUUUGCAAUGCACAUAUCAUGUUAAGUAAAGAUAACUUAAUAUGGUACGUUUCUGAGUGGGAAUGGGAGGGGAAUGUUUGCUGCAGGUGAAGAACGAAGAACUGCUUGUCUGAUGUCUGUGCACGUUGCUGAAAAGUUCCUGCUUAUGGCCGCUGCUGCACACCACAGUUGGAUUUGAAAUCAGUGUUACUUCAAAUGGUUCGUGAGAAGAUGCACUGGAAGAGCAAGCAAUUUGAAUGUCUGUUUUUAUGUUACUUUGCUGAAAAAAUGUUAGUGGUUCAGCAACACAAGAACUGUUACCUUGCAACAUUUAGCCAAUAAAAUUCAUUGGAAUUUAAAAAGGCAUAGUUGUU